GCGAGAGUUGUAAAGUCCCCAGAAUUACAUCACAUGGAGGUCAAAGGUCAUCUGAUCACAUCCAUGGGUUUGGGGGCUCCUGAUGUUCAAGGCUGCCAGGACAGCAAGCUGCAGGCUGAGAGGGUUGCAGCUCUGCAAGAGAGGAAGCAAGCCCUGGAGGCUCUCCUCAACGCCAGAGUGGGAGAGCUCAAACAAGUCUGUCUGCAGGAAGCAGAGCUGACUGGGAAGUUGCCACAUGCCUUCCCCCUGGAGACGGGAGAGAAACCCCCGCCGGUGCAGCGCAGAGUUGGCCUGCUGCCCAAUGCCAAGGCAGAGGAUGAGGCGGCCCAGAGAAAGCAGAUGAAGGCCAUCUUCACUGGUGCUCUGUACCGACACUCAGAGUCAGACCGAAAUAUCCCAAAUAGCAAGAGGACGGUUCACCGGGGGUGUCACACAGAGGACACUGUCAUGUCAGAGAGUACAAGCUCCAUGUCAGAUUCAACAUCACAUGACAAUGAGUCUUCUCCCAGCGUGGUGGCUGACCAGCGCUCUCUGUCUCAGCCCCGGCUCACCGUGGGCAGCCCUGACCACAGGAUCAGCAGGAAGCUGUCGCCAGUCGAGAUUUACUACGAGAUGAGGACACGCCGCAACUCUGUCACAAGCUCUGUUAGCCCGGCUCACUCUUUACCGAGAAGUGCGUCUAACAUUGAAGGCAGAAGUGUUCCAGCUACUCCUCUGUUGGCCCGAACAGCUCCGAUCAGCGUUCACGUCAGGUCGGAUGCGUCGGGUGGUAAUGGUUUGAAGCAGUGGUCUGGUAGCCUGGAUGUGCCCUAUAUGAUUCCACUGGCCCAGGAGGGCUCCAACUCUGACCGCCGAGGCUGCCCUUACAGCUCCCGGGCCAGGCGCAGUAACAGCUCAGAGGCCCUGCUGGAUAGAUCGAGCCUCCCCGACGACCCUGCUCCCAGAAAUGGGAUGCCCCCCAGAGGAGGGCCCUACAAGAGCUCAGAGACACUGACUGAUGGCAAGCUGCGCCACAUCAACCUGGGCAGCCCCGAGAGGCACGCUGACGGCUCGGUGGACCAGGCCAAAAUGCGUCUGUCCAUGGGCGAAAGAGGGGCCGGCGGAGGCUACAAUGAGCUCCUGAUGGACUAUAUCUGGGGCAAACAGCAGCGGAUGCCAGUGCAGCACCACUUGUACCAGUCCACGGGCAGGAUCUGGCAGGACAUGCCCUCUCCUCGCUCCUCCACGGCGGCGGUGCCUCCCCAUGCCAACGGCUUCUCCCAUUCCCAGGUGAACCUCCCCAGCGCCGCACCUCCAUACAGCCCCAUGGUCCUCCGGGGGUCCCAAGCUGAGUUGCGCAGGGUCAAAGUCACCAGAACCAAAUCUUGUGGACCCUUUAUUCCCUUGCAGCAACAUCCCCAGGAUGCCAUCCUGCUCUCAGCGUACGAGUCUGCCCUCCCGGCCUCUGGCACCACCACGUCCUCCAUCCCCAACCUGCACCCGUACCAGACCGAGCUGUCUGGACCCUCGUUCAACCGCAGACCCCCACAGUUCUCUCUCCCGACCCCAGAGGACUCAACGCGAAGCUUGCAUAAAGCCCUGGCUCUGGAGGGACUGAGGGACUGGUACCUGAGGAAUGCCCUUGGCUAUCCUCCUGCUGCCUCUAAGGGCCACGAGGCAGGGAUCUCGCGCCUCUCACACCCCCACCCGCUGGUGCACCAGGCCCAGUCUGUUCAAGGGGAACCAGCCAACCUCCAAAGGUCUCAGAUACCCCAGUCAGCCAGCUUCCACGGUCACCCGCUGCAUGGAAGGUCGAUGGAGUUUUCUCUCUAUCAGGAGACUCCUCAACCACAGAUGCAAGAGGUGACCCCAAAGGAACCCAGUGCAGACCCAGGCACCCUAGUCUGAAGCAGCAGAACACACACACACACACACACACACACACACACACACACACACACACACACACACACACACACACACACA